UUUCCUUUUUUUUUUUUUUUGUUUUUCUCACCCUUUUUCUGCUUACGAAAAUGUCAUUCUCGUAAUUCUCUGUACUCCUCAAGGUCAUUUCUGUACUUGGGAAACAUAUUUUAAUCCAAAGAAUUGGCGAACUCUAUCCACUGACUAAUCUCCUAAGUCCUAAUAUUUUAUUUUAAGGACGAAAAUGGAAAAAAGAAAACGAAGUCUCUCUCACUGUUUGGCCAACACCCUUACAUGAACAUUCGCCUUCACCUGUUCCUUCUCUGCUACACUUUAAUGUGAACUUCCAAAUUUACCCUCUGUAUUCCCUUGAAACCACAAUCAUCUCCCUCCAUUUUGGUCCUCUCAAAUUCCAUCACCAGUCAAAGAUCCUUCACUUUGAUCAACAACCAAAAAACCACUGUAAUUUCUGACCUCAUGCGAUGCCUAAAUAGAAACAACGAAGAACACGAAGGAGUAGGUUUCGUUGUUGAUGGAUUUGACUGAAGGUGUCGGAGAGAGCUCAUCGCCGCCGAGAAGCUUUGGCAGCUUCAACAGCUACGAUGUCAGAAACGACGUUUUCAAUCGCUUAGUCGAAUCUGGCCACGAACAAGCUAUUUCUAAUCCUGACUUUCGCGACUUUUUAGAUUCUCACUUCAAUCGCUUGCCUGCUAGCUAUGGACUUGAUGUUAAUAUGGAUAGAGUGGAAGAUGUUUUGUUACAUCACAAGCUGCUUGCAUUGGCCAAGGAUCCGGAGAGGCGGCCAGUUUAUCAUAUCCGCUUCUUGGAGAACCUUUGCACCAAAGCAGAUGCUAUUGAUGAUAAACAAUAUAUAAAUUCUUUAUCUCCCCAGUCUUUUGAUGAUGGAGAUAGUGAAAAGGUUGUUCCAUCACAUAAAAGAAGCAGGGAUCAUCCAGUUGACUUUGAACCUUGCUCUAAGCUUGAGGACCUAAAUUUGGAUGUCAGAAAGAAUUCCAAGUGUGAAGAAGACGUACAUCUGACUGAGAACUUUACCAAAAGGCAAGAAAUUGUACAUAUUCCAACUCAUGAAGUGAUAUUUUCUACCACUGACAGGCCAAAGCUGCUUAGUCAGCUUUCUGCAUUGCUUUCAGAUAUAGGACUUAACAUUCGUGAAGCACAUGUGUUCUCAACAACUGAUGGCUACUCUUUGAGUGUGUUUGUAGUAGAUGGGUGGCCUGUUGAGGAUACAGAUGGUUUAAAUAAAGCUAUGGAAAAAGCGGUCGCUAGAAGCAAGGGAUCUUUUCCUGGAUCUUCACAUUCACCUCCAGCUAUAGAAGAUGCAUCAGAAACACAAGAAAAAUCUGGCGACUGGGAGAUAGAUAGAAGACUUCUGAAGAUAGGAGAAAAAAUAGCUUGUGGGUCUUGUGGAGAUCUGUAUCGUGGUACCUACCUUGGGCAAGAUGUUGCUGUCAAAAUUCUUAGAUCUGAGCAUUUGAAUGAUACUCUUGAAGAUGAGUUUGCUCAAGAGGUGGCAAUCCUACGGGAGGUCCAGCACAGAAAUGUUGUUCGUUUUAUUGGUGCCUGUACCAAGUCUCCACAGUUGAGCAUAGUAACAGAGUACAUGCCUGGGGGAAGCUUGUAUGACUAUUUGCAUAAGAAUCUUAAUGUUUUGAAGCUCUCUCAGUUGCUGAAGUUUGCUAUUGAUGUCUGCAAAGGAAUGGAGUAUUUGCAUCAAAACCACAUAAUUCAUCGGGACCUGAAGACAGCAAAUUUGUUAAUGGAUACAGACAAUGUUGUCAAGGUGGCAGAUUUUGGUGUCGCCCGGUUCUUGAACCAAGGAGGAGUAAUGACAGCUGAGACUGGGACAUAUAGAUGGAUGGCACCUGAGGUUAUAAACCAUCAGCCCUAUGAUCAAAAAGCUGAUGUAUUCAGUUUUGCUGUUGUACUGUGGGAGCUAGUGUCAGCCAAGGUUCCUUACGAUACCAUGACACCACUACAAGCUGCAUUGGGAGUGAGACAGGGCCUGCGUCCGGAACUACCUGAGAAUGCACAUCCAAAACUCUUAGAUUUGAUGCAGAGAUGUUGGGAAGCGGCUCCUGACAAGCGACCGUCCUUCUCGGAGAUAACAACUGAGCUUGAGACACUUUUUGAGGAAGUUGAGGAAACAACAGAAGCAGUAAAUGGGAACUGAAGAUUUUUGUUAUGUAAGUAACCAGAUUGACACAUUUUAAUAUAUCUUUUCAUCACAUAGUAAGUAUAACUACACACGGAAGGGACACCCUAAACAAAAUGCUGAUUCGUAAUUCUUUUUUGGUUGUCUGUUUUGUUUUUGUAAUAACACUCUCUUACUUGAACAUGGUGUAGAAAGAAAAAAAUAUGCUUAAAUGCAAAUAUGAUACGAAAUUUCCUAGCUAGGUGAUAGUUUUCUUCUGGCUAUUAUAUCA